AUGAUAGAGUGCCUGGUGGCGAAAGAAGUGUGGUCAAAGGUGGAACAAUGGUGUGGUAUAGCGAAUUCCAUCUUGGAGUGUACUACAGUCAAGGAGGUGCUGGCGAAGGACAGAAGAUGGGGAAACUGCCCAAAGGAAAAGAAAAUUGCUGAAGCUAUAAAAUAUGGGACAAUUUGGUGCCUCUGGAAGGCAAGAAACAAAAGAGUUUUCAGAAACAUUAGAAGUCAACCGGCGAAGAUAGUGGAUAAUAUCAAAACGAAAGCUAAAGAGUUAGCCAUUUUAUGUGAUGCUGAAGUUGGAGUCAUCAUCUUCUCCAGUACCAAUAAGCUCUAUGAAUUCUCAAGUGCAAGCAUGAAAUCAGUGAUUCAACGCUACAAUAAAUCAAAAGAAGAAACUAAUCAACUGGUGAAUUCGAUGUCAGACGUCAAGUUUUGCCAAAUGGAGGUCGCAAUAUUGAAGCAACAGUUGCAGAAUCUGCAUGAAGCUCAUAGGCAACUUAUGGGAGAAGAACUCUGUGGUUUGGGAGUUGAAGACCUACAAAAACUCGAGAACCAAUUGGAAAUAAGCUUGCAAGGUAUUCGAAUGAAAAAGGAAGAGAUUCUAACCAAUGAGAUAGAAGAUCUUACGAGAAAGGGGAGCCAGAUACAUCAACAAAACAUCGAACUCUACAAGAAGAUUCAUGAAGCAAGAGCAUAUGCCGCUAGCUACGAUGAAAUUAGUUCAAUGCAUGAGACUCCAUUGUCAUCCAAGCAUGCAGCUCCACCAAUCAGCAGCUAUGCCAACUUGAGCAUUGGAGGACUCUUCACAUACGGAUAAACUUUAAAUGUGAUGUUUUCAUUUCUUGACACAAGCUUCCCUUUUAAUGUGAUAUUUUCAUUUCUUGAAAUGAAUGAAUGAUCGAUGCAAGCAAAUAAUCAUUUUUGUGAUUCAAUACCUUUUUUUCAAGGGCAUUUCAAAAUUUCUCGCCUUUGAUUAUCGUAUAAUGGGUCAUUUUUUUACUCAUUUAUACAUAACAAUAUCGUAUAACGGCAUGCUACGUGCAAUUGUUCCCAUGUAAUUAAAUUUUUUCUUCCGUU